AUGCCGAUCAAAAACCUCAACAAAAUCACGAAGAAGCUGUCCAAGAAGCGGGGCAAGCUUAAUGCGCUGCAUGAAGACAGUCGCAACGCCAAAUUACUACGCCGCGCUGGGAUUCGAGAAGAUCGCAUUGGUCGUGUUAUAACAUCUGCAGGGAUAGCGCGACAGAGCUUUUUGGACCGGGUGGCACAUUUUCAGGAAUGCUUGGAGGACGCUUCAGAACCGCUCGUUCUCUCCAACGACGAGAUAACUCGGUUGAUCCAAAAGUGGCUCCAUCGAGGUGAUGAAGAGGUCAAACAGCUGCAAGACGAACGAAGAAAGGGCCGACCACCAAGCAAGAGGGAGGAGAAUCUUCAACAACGCUUCACGGUCGAAGAGAAGGAGUAUCGGUCGGGUUUCUGGAUGCCGGAUAUCACACUCGACGACGUGCGCCUGCAAUUGAAGCUGUGGAACGGCGAAUGGUCGACCUCCAACAUGUUGUCCCUUCGUGCCUUUACCCGCUCUGCCCCUCGCGCCUUCACGCGCUCGUUUUCGGUCGCCGCCCGACCUGCGUCUCGCCUUCCGACAGCUUUCUCGCGACAAACGUCAUUGCAGUCCUCCCUCACCAAAUACCAAUACUCAGCCUUCUCAACGGCCAGAGUUUUGAGAGAGCCUGCCGGCGACUCCGACGUUGAACUUAGUGCCAAAUUAGAGGAGGAAAUCUCCUAUGAGAAGAACAAUGCCACGGUAGAUGAGGCUAGCGAAGCUAUCAAAGCUUAUCUUCAAAGCAGCCCUUGGAAGGUCAAAGAUGUUGCUGGAGAGCAAGACAUUGUCUUGACCCGGAAAUUUGGUAACGAAAACAUUCGCGCUACAUUCGCCAUCUCCGACCUUCAAAACGUCGCCGAGGAAUUUGAUGAUCUUGCCGAGAGCGAUUUCGAUGAGCAUGCAACUGCGAACCAGGCCCAGCCUGGUCAGGCUGUGGGCGUUCACCCCGAAGACCAGGUUUCCCCUGCCGACGAUGGAUUCCAUGAAGACCCCCAGCAAAGCAUGCCUAUUCAUGUCAACAUCACAAUCGAGAAGCCGGGCAACGGUGCCUUGUUUAUCCAAACUACCGCACAAGACGGCACUUUCGAAAUUCUCGAGGUUUCUCAUUUCGCCAACGCUGAGCUCGCUACUGGCGAGACCGCUGAGAAAGAUUGGCUCCGCCACACUCAAUACAGCGGCCCUGUCUUUAACGGCCUGGAUGAGGAUCUCAAGUCUAUGUUCGACCGUUACUUGGAGGAGCGUGGAUUCAAUACUGAAUUGGCCAACAUUAUCCCUGAAUACCUUACGGCUAAGGAACAGGCCGAAUACUCUCGUUGGCUCGGCAGUAAGUAUUCACUACCUCGGUUUUGGGAGGAUAAAUAUUAA